AUGACUAAGUCAAUAGAAUUGCCAAGUCAGGAAAUGGAGCUCUUCCGGAUAAAAGAGUUUUUAAUAGCUAAUAAUCCAUCGAAGAUUAACAAUGAAAAUAAGGAUGUUAUCUUGGGCGAAAUUGAGCAAGAUUUUGGGUAUUUGAUUCAAUAUAUCAAGGACGGGUUACCGGACUUAAAUGAGUCCACAAGAUUGGUUUUUCCAGACACCUUUUCGAUCUGUUUAUUGAGAAGCCAUCAAAUAAUAGUAAACAAAAAAAUUGACUCUCAGGAAUACUUGUCCGCGAUAAAAAGGCAUAUUUUAACUGUACCAAAUGCAAACAUUAUAUUUGAAUAUGUACUUGACUUUUGGGCUGAUGGUGGGGCUCCGCUGAUGAAUGCGUUAAAAGAUUUGUUUGGAAAGUUACUGAACUUAUUGAAAGUUAUAUAUCCUAUGUCAGACUUGAAGGAUAUCUUUUUUAGUUGGAUGAAUGAUAUAUUAGAGAUACCUUCUACAUUACGUGUUCAAUAUUAUUUGAUCGAUGCUCUUUCUUCUGACUUUGACCUCUACUAUAUUUUGGAAAAAAAGCCGCAUUUCAUCGAUAACUCUUUCUCUUUGAUGAAUUCAGAUUUACUAGCAAACCCUGUCGGUAAAUGCAUCGUUAAUUUGUUGUUAAACAUUUACGAAAAGCAUUUCAAAAAUGAAGAAAAGUUUGUACAAGAAUGGAUACUAUUAUGGAAAAAUUCCGCUCUAAAAUACAUUCACGACAGCCAAUAUACUAAAUCCAUUAAUUUGUAUAUCAUGAUUCCAUUAUUUAAGAACAUGCCAAAUUUAGCCUUCACAAUUUUCCUCAAAAGCAUGCCCAGUAAAAAUCCAACACUUUUACUCUCUCUAUUAAAGAUUGGUCAGGAAUUAGGAAUCGAAGAGGAACCAUUUCGUGACAAUAAAUAUACUACUAUAGAAUCUAUUGAGAAACUGAUAGAGCAAGAUUUGUUUAAACUUCAGAUAUUUGAAAUACUGACCUUUUCUACAAAAAAGUCGAAGCCUAUCCCCUCCUUCGUCUUUAAUAUUAUUAAACAAUACUUAGAUAUAUUCUUGGUCGAUACCGAGCUUGAACGGAGAAAUUACUUUUGCAGUUCCAUGAAACAUUUUAUAUUCAGGAUUAGAGAUUGCACGUACUCUCUAGCUAGAGAUGCUGGAAAGCUCAAGAAGGCUAGAAAAUUUCCUGACGAACAGAAGGAAAAGUUGGCCCAAAUUGAAGAUGCUCGAGCAUUUUUAAUUUGGUUAUGUGGUUCUAUUAAACAUCAAUUGGCUCCCGGUACUUUAUAUCAGGCAAAUGUGACGUCCCUAAAACUUCUGCAUAUAUUGAUUAAGUCUGGUGUUGAUAAAUCUACUCCACUGAAAUUUUUAGACAACCAAAAUAAAAGAGAAUACCCAUUUUCUAUUCCCAUCCUACAAGAUGCCACAUUUUUAAGACUGCUUAUUGAUCUUUUGGUCAGUAAUUACGCCGAUGUGCGUGAAUUAUCCAAAGAUUUAUUGUUUGUGAUGAUUAAUGCUGAUGAAUCUAGAAGUCUCUUUGAUACUUUAGAUUUAAAAUCUUUAAGGGAAAUCGCGAAUUCUCUUUUGAACAACUAUGAAAAAGCUGAUGCUGGAGCUACGGUAUAUGAGUUCAUAUUCACAAUCAUGGGUUCACAAAGAAGUUUCAUUGACCAUACAAUAGAAAUAUUAUCGCAGAUGAUACAAGAUUUGAAAAAUGACAGCAUUGGAUGCGCAAAAAAUUCAAUUGGCGCUCACUUUUCUGCACUAAGCUUGAUUUUGAAUAAAUUUAAGUCCGAAGAUAAUCAUCAAGAUACUUCAAAAAUAGUAUCAAACUCAAUAGACCUUGUGCUCAAGAGCUGGGAUACUACGAAAAACGUGGUAUGUCAUGAUUCUGCGCUUGGAAUAUUACCUGAAAUAUAUGUUGAUUGCGGUGUACCAGACCAAGUGAUAAUAAGUCAUGCAUUCAAGGCAAUCAAAGAAUCAUCAUGUUUGCUUGAAACGAUAUUAAGAAAGUAUCCUUUAACCGGUGAACAGCUAAAUAGCAUUGGUGAUCUUUUCAUUCUUCAGCUUUCUACCAUUCGUCAUAGUGGUGCUUUUCAAGCCGUUUUACCGGUGCUGAAGACAUAUUGUGUUCGCUGUCGACUUGAAUCUCCUGUUAUUCUGGAAAAACUUUUGGACAACAGUGUAAAAUCUCUAAAAUCGAAAACGCAACAUAUUACGAGAAGGUCAGGUGGCUUACCUUUCCUGAUAACAACUGUUUUAAGUGCGGAGAUAUCCAAGAGAAGACCUCUGUUGCAAAAAACUUUUGAAAACUUAUUACUCAUUGCGAGGUUACCAGUACCCGCUCAUCAAGAUGAGUUUGAUUUACCACAGGUGAAUGCUAUCAAUUGCAUAAAUACAAUUUUUGUUGAACCUAAGCUCUCUGAGCAUUGUACAUCAUUUGUCUCUGACGCAUUAGAACUGGCAUUACUGAAUUUUGACUGUGAUCUAUGGGCUUUAAGGAACUGUUCAAUCAUGCUCUUUACCUCCCUGCAAAAUAGGAUUUUUGGAAAAGUGGGCAGAAGCGUUAGUGCAAAAUUAUUCUUCACCAAGUAUUCUGGCCUGAGACGUCUGCUCUUGGAUAUUUUAAACAAUUCCGUUGCUCAAUGUUCUGGGGGAGGGAAAGAAAUCUACCAAAUUGAAAGUAUUUUCUUGGUACUCAAUGUAUUACUUAGGUUACGGCCUACACCAGGUUAUACUGGUCUAGAAGAAUUCAACAUUUCUGUUUAUAAAUGUUUAUCAAAUGAGAACUGGAAGAUCAGAGACAUGGCAUCCCGAGUAUUGUAUUCGCUUUCCGAGAACUUUGAAGAAGAGACAAGGAAAUUGCUUGAUUUGUCCUCUAUCGAGAAGCAAAACCAGUUACAUGGACACCUACUAGCACUUCAACAAAUAGUACCCAGAUACCUCUCAGAAAACAAGGAUACUGAGUUAAUUCAAAGGAUAUUUGAAAAAAAAAGGAUAAUGUUACUGAAGAACAAAUGUUUGAUUACCAAAAAGGCCUACCUAGAACUAACGUGCAAUGUGCUAGAAGCAAAUGAUAUGCCUGAUUCUAUUUUGAAAGAAUAUAUAAGUACUUUGGGAAACAUAUUUACUGUUGAAAAUAACGAGUAUGUUGUUAGUGGUAGCAAACAGCUAUACCUCGGAAAAAUCUUAGAUAUUCUCUUAAAAUAUGAAGACAGCACACAUCUUCAUGAUAUUUGCUUAUUAGGAUUGUACUCUCCAUUUUAUGAGGUCAAGCUCAAUACGUUAUAUUAUAUGAGUACUAACUUUGACUGGAAAACUCCAGAGAGUUCAGAGUUUCUCGAGCGACUACAUUCAUUACUCAAAGUUCCAGAUUUCUCGCCCAUGGCUAAAGCUUUAGUAGUAAAAACUCUUUCAAAAAAAAAGGGUGCUUUAUCCCUGGAAACUUGUACUGAUCUUUUAAAAACAAACAAUAGUGAGGACACAAAGAUUUCUGCUAUUUCAUCUCUGAGUGCCCUUUUGUCUACAGAAACAUUUCACCAGAUAUGGAAUUUAUUGCAAGAAUUUUUUUCCGAUUCUUGUUCCAAUGAUUUUAGAUUAGCGUCUUUGGAAUGUUUGACCGCCUAUCCGGAAAGUUGUAGGAACUUUAAAAUACUAUUGCAGCUUUAUAACUUUCUUUGGGAUGAUGAUUCGGAAAUAAGAGAAAAAGCUUCAUUAUAUUUGAAUAAGAACUUCAUACAAUCUGAGGGCUGGGAAUCUAACAAAAAUACCAAUGUAACUGCCCUUUUAUUCACAAAAAAGUUUUGUGACGUAUUCACAGGUUCUGAAGUAGCAGAAGAAUUGUGCUCGCAGUUGUUUCAAUAUCUAAAUCAAUAUGAUAUAUUUGCUACCAGAAAAUCGACCAAAGAUUGUCUAUUUACCACAGAAAAGGAUAACCAAUUUAUCGAUGAACUAAAAAGAGCAAUGAAUCUGUUAGAUAUGAUAAAAUUUACUACCAAGGAUAUCUUAAAGUGUUAUAAGGAUGAAGUAUCUCACUUGAAAAGUACUCUGUUGAAACACUUAAAAAACGAGGAUUUUAAAGAUUCUCCCCUUGGUUGGUGUUCCAAUGCUGAAAUAUUUUCAAGGGUGACACUCUUAAAGGAAUUGAUCCAACAUUACUUUCCCUCAGAUUAUAACAGUUUUAUUGAUGAUCUGAGUAGACAUUCUGUUCAUCCUCUAAUUAUCAAUUAUUCCUAG